AUGUUAGGUCGUUUAAUUAAAGAUACCACUCAAUUUGUCAAAUCCUCAACCAAAUUUGGUAUUGUUUGGGGUCCAAAACUUGCCCCAUGGGGUAUCACUUUAGGGCUCGGGGCUUUUUACUUUUUCCAACCAAAAUUUUUAUUCAAACCCCUUCCAAUCAUUGGUAGCAACUAUCUCACUCAAAAAGAUCUCGAUAAAAUGAAAAAAGAAGCUGCUGAAAACAGUCAAUAA